CAUCCGCUAGAACCACACGCGUAUCCAUCUAUCCAUCCGCUGGAACCAGUGCACCUCAGUCUUAGCAUCGACUGGUUAUAGCCAGGCUGGCUAAGCCAGCAGUUUGUAAGGUGAAGCAUGCUGACUGCUGUCAGAGCCGCCAGACGUUCCCUCAGAUUUUUCCGGAGUAUCUUUAACUCCUCCAUGGACUCAGGAUACCAGCAGGCUAAUGUCGUCGUCCUACCCACUCAUCUGGCCAAUGACUUUGAAGCGUUCUGUCGCAAGAAUCCUGCCCCCCUGCCACUCCUUUAUCGCAGCCAAUCAGGAGAGACUGCCUGUCCACCUCUCGCUAGACAUGCUGACAUAAGGACAGAUAUUUCUCAGUACUAUGUGUAUGAGGAGGGUUGCCUGGUGAAUAGAGUCUCCAGUCUGCAGAGUUACUGCAAUCACUCAAGGAUUGCAUCAGAGCAGCAGGCUGAACAUCAUGGCCCAUGGGCAGACAUGGUAUGUUUCUAUCUGGGCUGCAGUUUUGGCUUUGAAGGCCGAUUGAAGGAAGCUGGAGUCCCUGUCAGAAACGUGGAGCAGGGCACAAAUGUCAGCAUGUAUAGGACUGCAGUUCCCUGUAUCCCUGCAGGAGUGUUCAGCUGCCCUCUUGUGACCACUAUGCGUCCUGUUCCAGCUGGCAUGCUGAAUGCAGCAGUGGAGGUUACUUACCUCAAUCCGCUAGCACAUGGAGCUCCUGUACACAUAGGAGACCCAGCUCUCCUAGCCAUACAGGACCUGUCCAAACCAGACUAUGGGGAGCGAGUAGAGCUGCAGCCUGGGGAUGUCACCGUGUUCUGGGCCUGUGGAGUGACUGCUAUAGAAGCAAUACUCAGCAGCAAGCCUUCAUUGGCAUUCAGUCACGCGCCAGGCUGUAUGUUCCUGACUGACAUCCCAGACUCCUCCCCUUCUUCCCUCACACCUCCACCCUCUGAGGGCGUAGACUCUCCCUCCACGGAUCACAAUCCUGAGCUGAUUCCCCUCAGCUUUCUGGUAUCCCACAAUCCCUUGUUGUACAGUUUGGCAUCUCAGAGGGCCGUGGCAAAGAUCAGACAGCUGGAGACAAUUAUUGGAGAGGACCCAGGUCAACGAGGAAUCAGAGCUUUAUUCGUUCAGGAUGAACUUCUGCGCUCCUGUCUGGCACUCUCCCACGCAUCAUCUGUUGCCAUAACAACCGGCUUUCCCACACACUACAUGCACAGCCCCCCUGAUGAGACUGACGGCCCACCUGGAGCCAUUGCCAUGGCAACCAUGCUGCUGUCGCUAGGGAAACAGGUGACAUUGGUGACGGACAGGAGAGCCCUGGAGAUGAACCAGGCCAUCAUUGAUGAAGCUGUGAGGACAGGUGUGCUAAAAACUGCAAUCCCAUUGGUCACAUUUGAAGACAGCGGCCCCGACUCUGCACUACACUUCUUGUGUCACCAUGGAGACCCCAGCAAGCCCAGGUACGACCACCUUGUGGCGAUAGAGCGCAGUGGACGUGCUGGAGAUGGAAAUUACUACAACAUGAGAGGAAUAAACAUCAAACAUCUGGUGGAUCCCAUUGAUAACCUGUUUAUUGCUGCCAAGGAUUUACCAGGAAUUACCACUACAGGAAUCGGUGAUGGGGGUAAUGAGUUGGGGAUGGGUAAACUGAAGGAAAAGGUGACGACUCUGAUGCCCAGCGGGGGUCUCAUAGCCUGUGUUGUACCUGCUGACUAUGCCAUCACUGCUGGGGUGUCUAACUGGGGAGGAUAUGCCGUGGCCUGUGGGCUCUACCUGCUCCACAACUGCCCCUCCCACCAGCGAUACAGAAAGAAAGGACUGGGUUUGGAAAACACAAUCCCCCAAGAACAGCUCCAGGACUGGAAUGUUAACCUGCCAUCUGUGGACAAGGAAGAGUCUAUCCUCUCCACUCUGGUGCGUUUUGGGAUAAGAAGUGGGAAAACUGGUCACCUGGCCAUGGAGGUGGAUGGUUUGACCUUUCACCCCACGCACUCUGACAUCAUCACCAGACUACUGGAAGUCACACUAGGCUCCACCACUCCAAACCUUUGACCACCUCAUCAGCUUGUAUUCUCAGCCAUCUACGGUAUCUCAUCUAUCUGUGAGAUUGAGUAUUAACACAAUCUUGAUACGAAUAGCUGCAAAUGCUCGUUGACACUAUUACCGCCAUAGCCCACGCUGUUUAACGUUGUGGUUCAAAAAAAUUAGAAUUAUUCCAUCAUUGUUAUUGUUAACAAUUGUUUCCCUCCUGCACUGCCUUUUUCUAAAUACCUUUUCUGCACAUUCCCAUAUUUUUAUAAUGAUAGAAUCUUUUUUAGAAAACUCUCCUCCGCAGAGGAGAAUUGACACAUUUGCAUCAUGGCCGUACAGCGCAUUUGAGACAAUGAAUGGGACAUAGAAACUCAAUAUGUACGCAAAUAUUCUCUCACAUGCACUUAAUAAUCACUUAUAAUCACACUAUCGUAUGUAGGCCUACAAUAUUCAUGUGUAAAAUAUCAGAAAUGAAAGUUAUCCCACGUUCUGUCUGGCCAUUUAUGGCAGGUAGACUGUUGAACUGAAAGACUCGCUGCUCAUGGGAGAGAUGAAGGGACAACUGUAAAUGCUGAGGGGACUUGUUGUUUUUCUUUCGUUAGACAUAGCGUGAUCGUUAAAUCAUUUGCACUGUGAUUAUGUUUUAUUUACCAUUUAGGUUACUUGCCAAAAUCAAAAUGCUGAAGUUGAUGACAAUGAUUUAGCAUUUGUUUCAUGCCUUUUUAGGUUUUACGCUGCAGGUUAUAUGCUGCUUACAACUCAAAACAGAUAGAACCAAAUAGAUUUUCAUCAAAAAUGAUUUAUUUGCGGCAGUUGCUCACUUGUUGAUUGUUGACUGAACUGACGCGUUGAAUGGCCCAUCAAUGUUCGUUGGACAAAAGGAUACAGACGAUCUAGGGUGUCGGGUUUAGGUGGAUGUAGUACCCCCCCCCCAAAAGAGCCCAGCGGUGCUAGUGUUAAGCCCAGGGCCCUGACGGAAACACACUGGAGCAUGCACAGACUGAAUAAGUGUUCCAAUGAGUGAAAUUGUUUCCUCUCUAUUCAGAUU